AUUCAAAGUCUCCAUGCAUUGCAAUGCAUGCGAGAGAUCCGUCGCAAAGAUCAUUGCUAAAAUCGAAGGGGUGGAAACAUUCAAGACAGACAUGAACAGACACAUCGUAGAAGUCACCGGGACGAUGGACCCUCAAAAGGUGUUGAAGAAACUGAAGAAGAGGACGGGGAAGAGGGUGGAGAUGCUCGGAAAGAAGGACGACAGUGAUACCUCGAAGGAUGAGCACGAUAAGAGCGGUGGGAAUUUAGAACAAAUUUUCAUGAUCGCCCAUCAAGAGGAUGCCAAUUCGAAGUCGAAGUUCGACUAUUGUUGCGUCGAGAAUGAGACACUGAUGAUGUUCAGUGAUGAGAACCCUAAUGCCUGUUGUCUGACGUAAAUGCAGGUCUUGUGGUUCUCAAUUGAACUUCUAGGGCCUUUUUUUCCCCCUGUUAACAAAAUUAGG